AUGAGCGGUGACUGGAGUGCUACUGUGGAAUUGGCGAGUAAGCCUGUCGAUAAGGCUAGGUAUCCUAGCAGUCUCAUCGUCCUGGCGCUUUGCAAGUUUCGAGGUUCUCUUGAUGAUUGUGGCUCGCGGCGUGUCGCAAGACUGAACCUUCUUCCUUUCCCGGGCGGAAAACCGGAUGAAGUAGCUAUGAUUCUUCUCAUUGAACUCGAAAGUGAGGUCGCGCGGUGUUUCGAUGAUUUGCCGUCUUUUAGACUGGAGGUCAAGGCAGCGAAACGGAUGUUCGGCAAGAAGAAGUUCUUCAAAGUUCGGCCGGCCACAAUCCUGCGAUCGGACCGGUCAAGAAGACCAACGUGGCAGCAUCGCGCCGAGGAGUACACCCGGAUGGAUCACUUCAAUCGAGGGAAACGACGUGUGAUCUUCAAUCAGCCAGAAUGA